CCCGCUGGAGGAUUGGGGUUGGUUUGCUGUGAGCUUCGUGCGCACGGCUUUUGCGCUGCCUCGCUCGCUCAUCUCACUCUUAGUGUCACACUGAAAUUCUCCGCGUGGCUCCCAGGUUUGAAAAGCACGUUAGAAAAGUGAAGAUCUACGGAUCUGGAGGUCUGCAUCCUUCCCUAUAGAAGUUUUAAAUUCUGUUUUUCCGUAAAAGAUCUGAAGUUGGUGUGUUUGAGUUUCCAGUUGCCUUUCAGCACAACGCAGAAUCCUAAAGGGUUGUUUAAUCUAGAAAAGGCAGGAAGAAGGGGAUCUAAACAAAGCAUUUUCAGAAGUGACAUUGAUUAACGGCUGACGUAAGUCAGGAUAUCGUGGAUUUUGUACGUCCAGAAGUAAUCUGAGCAAAUCUCUGUGCUUUUUAUGGAGGGUGUGCUUUGAAUCAAAGCAAGUUAUUGAGUUGUCUCAAAGUAAAUGUGUAACUCGGCAGUUGUUCUUGUCUUGAAAAGGUCACCGUGGAAUUAGCCACAGGUGAAUGAAUCAACUAACAGAAACUUCAGGAGAGCGAGGUUCUUUUGAAGUGAAUAUCCUUUUGAAGAUACAAAGUUUUCUGUAUAUGCUAAAUUAAAAACUACCUACACUUAAAGAGAAAUAGAAACCUCCCCUUUUCUCCCCUUUUCUCCCCCUUUCUCCCCUUUUUCCCCUUUCUCCCCUUUUUUAAUCACACUUGCAGUUUUGAGUAUCUGCCAUGUGAGUAUGUUUCUGGUACAUCAGAGGACAAAGAAUAAAUCCGGUUUAGCUUGAUCAUGGAAUUCUUUCCUCACCUCCAAGAAUCAAUGUAUAUAUUUUAAAUAUAGUUAAAUGUUUGCUGAGAAUAGUCACUUGUAUUAAGUUCAGCAUUUCUUUCCAUAUAACCUCUGACCUUGAAAAGCUAGUUCUUAAUGUAUCUCCAGGAAGUUUUACGGAUUUUUUUUCAUAUCCUUUAUCAUAAUCAAUGGAUUUCUAAUAUAGCAUUUUUUUUUUUCUGCUGGAUAUUCAUAAAAUCUCAGAUCUGGAAAAAAAAAAAAAAAGGAAAAAGGGAAUCUUUUUUAUACUUAAAUUCAGUAGUGAUUUGCUCUUUCAUCUAUGUCUGUCUUAGCCUUAAACAGAUUAAUGUAUCUGUCUUACAGAAUUCAGAGUAGUGAUGGAAUGAUGUAGUAAUCAAUUUUAUUUCAUUUCUUCCCCUGCUUUUAAGAACUUGGAAAGAUGUUUGUGUUCUGCACUGUGAAAGCUGAAUCCAUAGAUUGUUUGAAGGAAAAUACUUGCAGACAACAAGUAAGGUACAUAUGACCCAUCUAUGUUUUGUUGACAUAAAUUUGAACUGCAAGCUCUUUUUCUAAGUGUGGAUACUUACAACAGCCUGCAUAGGUUCCCUGUUGGAAGUCAGUGAAGAAAGAACUUCUCAGAUUUGUCUUGCCCUUCAAUAUGUACCUAAAACAGGAAGUAUUCAUGAAUUGACAUGGGUCAACAUACUUCUCAUUACCAGGCAAAAAGGUGUUUCUGGAAGACUACUGCUGGAUUAUUUUCAUCCUCUAUCAUGCAAGAAAUAGUGAAAUCAUUCCCAAGUAAAAUGGCCAGUGAUUGUCAUGGAGGGAGAAGUAAUGCAUGAGCUAACAAUGGACAAGACGUAUUCUUUGUGUCAAUUGACAGAGGAGAAGCCACAACACUUAACUCCUGAUCUGGAGUCUUAAGAGGAUUUCUGAGUUCAGUGAAAGGUGUCUGAGAACAGAGUCUGGUUAAGUGCCUUUUUCCCUUUUCCUCGACUGCUGGUACUUAGCCAACGUGAGUGAAGAAAUAAUCAAGUGAUCUGAUGUUCAUGAAUGAGAAGAACAAAAUUUUUAUUUGCACACAUGAAUCCUUUCGUGAGUCCUUGAUGUGAUGGGAGACGUGGAAAUCAUGAAACAGAAUUUGAUAUCGUCUGUUCAGAUUAUAUUGUUACUUCCUCUGACUACAGUGGGUCUGACAAGUCAAUCAUUCCCUGGAAAACCUAAGAUAAUAAGAUGUCGUUCUCUAGAAAAGGAAACCUUUUCUUGUUGGUGGAAGCCUGGUUCAGAUGGAGGACUUCCUACCAAUUACACCCUGUUCUACAGCAAGGACAGUGAAGAAAAAAUCUAUGAAUGUCCAGACUACAGAACAUCAGGUCCCAAUUCCUGCUACUUCAAUAGAAACCACACUAAUUCAUGGACAACAUAUAAUAUCACUGUAACAGCAACGAAUGAGAUUGGAAGUAACAGCUCGGAUCCUCAGUAUGUGGAUGUGACUUCCAUAGUUCAGCCGGGUUCUCCUGUGAAUCUCACAUUAGAAACACAAAGAUCUGCUAAUAUAAUGUACCUUUGGGCAAAAUGGUCUCCACCUCUAUUAGCUGAUGCCAGCUCUAAUCAUUUAUAUCACUAUGAGCUACGACUAAAACCUGAGGAAAAGGAAGAGUGGGAGACAGUACCUGUUGGAGUACAGACACAGUGCAAAAUAAAUAGGUUAAGUGCUGGCAUGAGGUAUGUUGUUCAGGUCCGUUGUAUGUUAGACCUUGGAGAAUGGAGUGAAUGGAGCUCUGAAAGACGCAUUCUGAUCUCUGGUGGACAGUCACCUCCUGAAAAGCCUACAAUAACCAAAUGCCGCUCCCCAGAAAAGGAAACAUUUACCUGUUGGUGGAAACCUGGUUUCGAUGGAGGGCAUCCUACUAACUACACUUUACUUUACAGCAAAGAGGGAGAAGAACAAGUUUAUGAAUGUCCAGAUUACAGAACUGCAGGCCCCAAUUCUUGCUACUUUGAUAAAAAACACACUUCUUUCUGGACCAUAUACAAUAUUACUGUCAAGGCAACUAAUGAAAUGGGAAGUAACAGCUCUGAUCCUCAUUAUGUGGAUGUGACCUACAUAGUACAGCCAGAUCCUCCUGCAAAUGUUACUCUAGAAUUAAAAAAGCCAAUAAAUAGAAAACCAUAUAUGGUAUUGACAUGGUCUCCACCCCCACUGGCUGAUGUCAGAUCUGGAUGGCUUACCCUCGACUAUGAAUUGCGACUGAAGCCUGAAGAAGGAGAGGAAUGGGAGACUAUUUUUGUUGGACAGCAAACACAAUAUAAAAUGUUUAGUUUAAAUCCAGGAAAGUACAUUGUACAGAUUCACUGCAAACCAGACCACCACGGAUCAUGGAGUGAAUGGAGCUCAGAGAACUACAUUCAAAUUCCUACUGACUACAGGGUAAAAGAUAUGAUUGUGUGGAUCAUCUUGGGUGUCUUGUCAUCUCUCAUAUGUUUAAUCAUGAGCUGGACAAUGAUUUUAAAAGGAUACAGGAUGAUAACUUUUAUCCUACCACCAGUUCCAGGACCAAAAAUAAAAGGUAUAGAUACACAUCUGUUAGAGACAGGGAAAUCUGAAGAACUGUUGAGUGCACUUGGUUGCCAUGGUUUCCCUCCAACAUCAGACUGCGAGGAACUACUGAUUGAGUAUCUGGAAGUAGAGGACAGUGAGGAUCAUCAACUUAUGCCAAGUCAUGACAAUGGUCGUCCCAGUAAAAAUGCAAAAAUUACACCCAAGGAAACAGACAGAGACUCAGGACGAGGGAGCUGUGAUAGCCCUUCUCUGCUUUCUGAAAAGUGCAGGGAGACCUGCGCCCUUCCAUCAGCACUUCAAACACAAGAUGUAAGAGAUGUUCAAGAAAAGAAAGCAGGGAAAAGAAGCUGGGAAAGUCACUGUGUAGGCUCAGAACGAAAAGCACUCCUUAUUAACAAUGAGAGUGCAAAAUCAUCCAGAUGGCCUGCAGUUCAGUUACCUAACAAUCAGCCUCCUGUUUUUGCGUACCACAGCAUUCUAGAAGCUAACAAGAUAACACUGACUACCACAAAUAUGAAUGUUGCAGCAGUUUUGGUGGAAAAUGAAGAAAAGCAUCAGUCACUAUAUACUAUCUCUGAAACCAUCCCUGGAGGCAUGGAAAAGCAAGAAGAGAUGGAAAAUUUGCUUUCCAAAACUGAGCAAACCACAGUGCGGGUCAAACAAAACAGAUCCAAUGAAAAGUCACCGUUUUUGGGUGCUGCAUUCAUGGAUUACGUAGAAGUUCACAAAGUCAGACAGAAUGAGGAACCAUCAGUAUUACUGAAACAUAAAGAAAACAGUGGAAAGAUUGAAAAAUACACUAUUUCAGGAGCCAGCAAAGAAUACACAAAGGUCUCAACAGUCAUGAACCAUAGUAUUCUAGUAUUAAUGCCAGAUUCACGAGUUCUGCACGCACCUACGGCCCAAGAACCUGCAAAAGAAACAUCUCAGAACCUUCAGCAAGGUCAAGUGGAAAAAAACAUGAGCUACUGCCUGACAGCUCCACGUGACUGCAAAAGAGAAACUAGUGGAUCAGACUACAUGGACCCAUCCUCAUUUAUGCCCCCCUUUAAAUAAUUAAAAGUGUGAUCACUCUUUAUCAGACUUUUUCUUUUAGCAAGGACAACUUUGAUGUACCAUUCUAAUAUUUCAAUAUGGUGUUCCUGGCUUGAAGAAAUCUAACUUACUGAAGUGGACAUGUGCUGCCAAAACUUACUUUAACAGAAAAUGAAGGUUUGAGGAAUGCUCUUGAUGAUACUCUGUAACUACAAAGGAUUAUUUAAUUACAGUGUAGUCAAUUGACCUUAUAUAAUACUAAUAAGGGGAUAUACGUAUUUAUAGAACAAACUGAAACAAAAAAUAUAGUGCUAAUCAGUUUAUGUUGAAGUAGUGAAUCCUGUGGUGUAUUUGUUUAUGUGUGUAUGUUUAGAUGGCUGGAAAAUCUACAGUUGCUUCAAAUGUCAGUAAAGUAUUUAAAGUGUAGUAAUAGCAAAUGUUAAAAGUGAAUAAGAAGCAUUUUAUUUGUUGUCUCUGAAGCAUUGUAUACGUGGAGUUCACAUCAUUAAGCCUGUAAAUGUGUUUGGUAAUUUCUCAUCAACUUUAAAGGAUUUGAAAGUGUUGGGCAAGGAUACCAAAGUCAUCUAAGCCAGUUUAUGAAUAGUAGACAUUUUCUACAAAGCCAUAACGACAAAUGAAAUGAAAGUUUCAUAAGAUCAGGCACCAUUUUCUUAAAGAAUCACUACCUCAGAUGUUUUGUGUGCUUUUUUUCCACUCCAUUUAAAAAGGCAGAUGAGCAUUUUCCUUUGUGUGUCAAACUUUAAAAAGUUGUGUUUGUAAUGUCUAAAUUGUUUUUAAUGAACAGCUUGUCAUGAAAUCCUCAUUUUUGUCCCACUAGUAAUACUAGGAUGGGAUGUUAGAGAUGCACAGCGAAAUAAGAAGAGUUGUUAUUUGGGGAGAAAAAAAAAAAAAAAAAAACAAUGAAGUUUUCAUCUUGUAGGGAAAGCCAUGCUGACCAGCCUGGCAGUCACAAUUUUCCCCUUUCUGUUUUUUGCCACUGCCUGCGUGCUCAACUCACUAGAACUGAGCAAGCUGAGUUCUCAGAGAUGCUCUGAUUCCAGAUCCUGCCAAUGGAACUAAGCAUUUGUUAGUACUUACUAUUUAGGAAGUUUUCAGGUGAGUUUCUGUGAAGGAAAUCUUCAAACAGUUCCUGAGUAAGUGAAAAUGGAGACUAGCCCCACUUUCAACUGUCGCAGAACACGUACUGAAAACCAAGUCACUCACUUCCUUCAGCUCCAGUGAUAGCGAUGUGGAAGGAUUGACUGAAUUACACUGAGCAAGAAAAAUCUUGUGGCUUGGCCUUGAAAAUCUUUUGAAACAAACUUUGAAAAUAUUUUGAAACAAAUAAAGAAAUUUCAUCAUCUUUCCUGCAUAUGUCAAGCAGGAGAUCAGGAUAAAUGGAAUACAGAAACACAUUGUGUAUGACGAAAGAAAGAGUAGUUUAUGAUGGGAGGAGGGACAUGGUUGCUGCAUGUGUCAGAACAGGAAAGUCCAGUCAAUACGCUGUAGGAUGGUGACUAAGAAGUGACUGAGAAGACAAGAGGGAGAACAGAAAAUGAAAACGAAAGAAUAAAAUGUAAGAGUAGAUUAAAAAAGUCAAACAGUAACGUACAGUAACGUGGGAAAAAAAUACUUCUACAUCAAAAAUGGCAAUAUGUGCAGCUACUUGAGAUAAUCCACAAAAAAUAGUAAUGCCUCAUUAUGUGCUAACCAGUUGGUAAGAUGCUGAAAUUGACCACUACAGAUCAUCUAUUACAUAAAAGGUGAAAAAGACUAAUACAUGAAAGUUGGUUACUCUGUUUAUAUUAAUUAUGGGGUUUUCUCCCAGUAAUCUGGUAUUGGUCCCUGACAAACCAUGUUUGAAGGGCUGGGCCCCUCUGCUGUUAGAUUUCCUACAUUCCUAAGGAAAAAAUUCACAAAAAUAAAGUGUACCACACAGUCUUUAAAUAAAACUUCAAGUUUUAUUUAAUUUUUUUUAACAGAUAAUUCUUAUUUAUCCAUUCACGAUGUCUCACAGAUACACUUACCACUCUUAAGCAUUCUUAUAUUGAUUAAACGACUGAUAAGCUCCAAGAGAUAAAGAAUUUUGUGGAUACUAGCAAACGGUCGGUAGACAUUUCUGGGCAUUGUUUUAGUUUGUGCCUGUGACAACAGAAACAUACAUGACUACGACAGUCAUUAACACUUUCCUUAAUCACAAAGUCCGUGUCUUGGUGAUAAAUUCUGAGAUUUACCCAGACAUUUAAAAUGCAUUUUUGCCAUUUAAUAUAAGUUUUUAAGAGAGACGAUGUAUGUUGAAAGCAAUCCAAAGAAAUGUCUGAAUUAUUUGUAUGACCUCUUGCCACGCUGAUGGGCUAAAAACUGGGUGUACUCUCAACAUUAGUGCACAGAGAAGUUAGAAAUAAGAAAGAUUUUUCGCACUUUUUAUUUUCAGAAUUCAGAGCUAUUAUGCAGUUUGACUCUGUGGUGCUGCUUUUGGUCUAGGUCUUUAUCAGAUAAUUUUAUCUUUGGAGAAUGCUGCUUCUGUUUUAGUGAGCUGCUCACUACCUUCACCUCAUUUUGACAUAAGUAAAAAUGGAUAGAUUUCACUUCAUUUCCUGCAAGGAUCGUAAUGAUACAAAGACAUAGCACUGAGUAAAUUUUUAGAUGAUGCUGGGAAUCCCUGUAGACGUCACUAGUAGAAAGUAUGCCUUGAGUAGGACAGAACACUAUAUAUGCUAAGGAAUACACAGAUUUUUCUACAAAAUACAAUUUUUUUAUAUCGAUAUGUUUUAAUGUUCAUAAUGCUGUAGACUACUCUGAAUUCUCAUUUCCGGAUCCAUCAUUCCAGAGGAAGAGGAAAAACUACUACUCAGAUAUACUCAGAAGGGAUUCCCUGGGCUGAUACACUGUUGUUCAUUUUUCAUCUUGUAAAGCAAUUUUUAAUUCUGACCAAAAAUGCCACUCUUCAUCUGGAAUGACACAGCCAUCGGUUUUGUAAAUGCAUUUUAUUUCUCAGAGAUAUUCAGCACUGUCUGAAUUUCUGAAAUCUUUAUAUUGUGCUUCAUAUAAUGUUUCUGAGUCAAUGUGUAGGACAGUGACAUCAAACUCCCUGCUCUGAUUUUUCCUGUCCAGGAAAAAAAAAUACCAAAAACCACUAGUUAAUUGUAUUUGUUCAAAUUUCUGACAUGCUGUUAAGUGCAGGGGAAAGUCUCUGGACCUUCCUUGUCUUUGAUAGUAGCAGCAGGUGUCUCAAAGAAACUUAGAUAUAAAUCGUAUUUCAUGUUCUGAACAUCAUGCACAAUAAACAACAUGCUUCUCAACUAAGAAAUAGCCAGUCCAAUAUUUAAAGUUUUUUGGUUUUUUUUUAUAUUUGUGUAAAAAAAAUUCAUUCUUAGCCUUUCAAUAAAAGCCAGGCAUUUUUUUUCAAUUACAUUUUCAGAAUUUGCAUGCAAUCUGGAACAUUCAAGUUACUGUAGUGUCAUUACUUUAGCAGCACAAUGACGUCAAGCACAAUUAGUUUAUGAACUAGACCCAAAUGUUUUGUAAAUUUCUAAAAUUAAAAAAAUCAUAGAAAGUAGAUUUCAUAUUCAGUAUGUACACUGGUUGGAACGUACUGGUAUAAAAACAGUUGCUCAGGAAUUCCCCGUUGUUUCUAAGUGUAGUUGAAGGAAAAUGCUUUAAAAUUAUGUAUUUUUUAAGUUCAUAAUAUCGAAAAUGCUGGCUUUAAUAAAAUCUGUUAGCAAUUUCACUUGUAAGAUCAAUAUUGUUAUUGAAGUCUGUAGCUUUCUGGUGGACUUUUCUACAUUUUGUCAUUGUAAAAUCUCUUUGCAAUGGUGUUCGCAUUUCAAGUUAAUAAAAGCUCUUGAAUAGAAUUCACAAAA